CCCAGAUUACCCUGAGAAUAGGUGCGUCUAGUCACUAGUCACGGCCAGGCUAAUUGAGCUUCCUCUGACUGAGGUCAUCUUUUUACUUUAAGCCUAAUCUACGCGAGAUUCGUAGGUCAGGUCCUCAUCAAGUGCAGAUGAGUUUAGCGUGGGGGAUUUUGACCAUGGAGUGUUCGUUUUCAUCCGAUCUUUUUCCUGGUGUUGUCAUCCGGCUAGAUAACGCCGGGCUGCUGAAAUUGUUGUCCGUCGCAUCUCGAGACAGUUUCGUUGGCACAUGCGUGGGCUGGUUGAAGUUCACCGUGGAAGGCGGCGUGGAUUCUGAAAGGAGGCAGUCGGCAGAAGGCUGCAAGUGGCCAAAAAAGUUCCGAUAACGCUUAUCGGCCAUCAAGUGAUCUGCUCCUCGAGAACCGCUUUUCAGACCACAACUCGCGGAAUCAGACCUCGGUCCCGAGACUCGAGAACCCGCGAUCGCCCUCGCCAUGUCCGGGACGGUGCUCAGCACUCUCUGUAGCAUCUGCCAUGCGCAACCCCCCAAGUACAAGUGUCCACGAUGCGGCGCGCGCACUUGCUCUGUGCCGUGCAUCCAAAAGCACAAGGCGCGCGCCGAUUGCGAUGGUGUCCGCAAUCCCCGAGCGUUCAUGCCUCUGAGCCAGCUGAAGACCGAAGCCGGAAUCGACCACGACUUCAACUUCCUCACCUCUAUCGAGCGUGCACGUGAACGGGCUGAGAAAGACAUCGUUGAAGCGCGCCGACUGCUGAGCGAGAAGGACCUGCGACCGCCCAACGAGGACAAGCUGUACGAAAAGGUCUGGCACGGCGACGAGCUGCGCCAUGUCCCUGUACAACCGCAGGAUCAUAUCAAGCAUGGCCGGCCCAACAAAAGCUUCUCGUUGGCUGACGGUGGUGGCUUCGAGAAGCGUGUGCGCAGACGGCUGCGGCACUUGAACAUCGAGGCGCUCAUGAUGCCCAAGGGCAUGGCACGGCAGCGAGAAAACAAGACAGCUUUCAACAGGCGCACGGAGACUAUCAAUUGGCAGGUGGAAUGGCUCGUCUACGGAGCUUCCCAGCUCGGCCUGCCGGGUUUACAAACCGACCAACAACAGCAGCAACCUCUGCGCGUCUUGUACAAAAGUCUUGAAGGGACGCCCCUCAACACCGCCCUCGCCACAACGCUCGAGUGGCACCGCGGCCAGCUCAACCGUCAGGCCCGCGAACAACAAUACGACCCCGAGGGCAGCGAGAACAACGAAUUGGACGAUUCAGCUCCGCGAAAGAAGCGCAAAACCCACCAUCACCACCACCACCACCACCACCACCACCACCACCACAAGCGCAACGAAAAUAAACCCGCCUCACCACCAACAGUCCAAGACCCAACAACAUGCACCUGGCCCGCGGCGCCAUACCCGUCCCAAUACCCGCUCACAUCAGCCUGGUCCCAAACCAGCAACACCUCCCCUUCCGUCCCGUCAACGUUCGAGGAGCAGCUCAGCCGGUCUUGGCGCUUCUACCUCCUGAAAGUCGGGCGGCCGAUGCCGACGCCCAAGACGCUCAUCCCGCUGGCCGCGACAGAGACCCUGGCGAGCGCGCUUGCCGGACGGACAGUCCUGGAGUUCCCUACCGUGGUGGUCACCCCUAGCUGCGGUGGUAGUAGUAGUAGUAGUACUAUACCGGAGGGUUAUGUGGUUGGCGACCCGGCUGAGCGGAGGAGCGAGCCGGCGGCUGUGAAGGAGGUGGGUGAGGAGGGGAGAGCGAGCGGGUAUACUACUGGUGGUCGGGGCGAUAACAGGGUUAAUGGUACGAAAAGAGCCUUUGAUGAGGGAGGGAGCAGGAAUUGGAACGGCAAUGGGUAUGGGUACGGAAGGGGAGGGAAGCGGGUCAGGUUUGAGCAGCGCCGCCCUCCGCAGGCGCGGGAAGCUGUUGUUGAGGAGCCGGAGCCGGAGCCUGAUGAUGAGUUCGAGGAAGGCGAGGUUUGUAGCGACGAGGAUGAGGCCGUGGCUGAGCCUGACGGGAGGGUUAGCGUGGGAGUGGUGGAUGUUGAUGGGAAGAGUGGGGAUGAGAGUGAGAGGGACAGCAGCGCUAUGAUUGGGGAAGGCAACGAGGAGGGGGAGAUCCGUGCGACCAAAGGUGUCAAAGUGCAGGGUGGCCUGGUUGACUACGGGUCAUCGGAUGAUUCGGAGUGAUGGGCGUGAUGGUAAGCGGAGGAAGUAGAAGGAAGGGGGGGGGCGGGGGCAGUAGGGGGGAGAGUAGGAUCUGAUAC